AUGGCUCAACAAUUAUUAGAAAAUGACGAGCUUCAAGAAGACGAAUUGACCACAGAAAUACAAAAAAAAUAUGUAUUAAAAAUUGGUGAUGUCUCACAAUUUUUAAAACAAGACUUACCACUUGAAUUAUUAACGCCUAAAUCGAAAAAUCUAUUCCAAAGGUUCCAACUAAGCAUGGAGUUCUUACAUCAAAAUCCAGAAAAUUGGCCGAAUAUCGAUAGUUAUAUAGAGGCCAAGAAUAUUUUACACCAUUUGAGCGUUAUAAAUGAUGCAGCCGAACGUGGUGUCAAAUUGAUGGAAGAUUUUAAUACAAAAUUUACAAAAAAUGAAAAUCAAAAGCAGUAUGUAUUGAAGGUAGUACAAGAGUACCGGAAAAAAUAUCCAAGCCAUACCAAAGAUACUUUAACAAAAGAUGCACAAUGCACAUAA